GCCAUUGACAAACACGAAUCGAAGUAAAGUGCAAGUUAGACAUAAAUUGGAUAAUCAUGAAAUCAAAUGGACCAGCACAAUAAAAUAUAUUUGUCUCUUAGAAGGAAACGAUUUUUUAUCAGUGCUAUUGAUUGAAGGGCGUCUCUCUGAAAAUCGGCUUUUACUUUGCUGCAACAGUUUCACAGCUGCGUAAUAUCUUCGGAAAAUCAUGAAACGGAAUGUAGUUUUUUGCCUCUGUAUUUUACAAACUGUUACAAGAGGAACACUUGUGAUAAAUGAACUGAACGCAGACCAACCGUCAACCGACACUCUGGAAUACAUAGAACUUUACAACACAUCCCCAUCAGACGUUGUCAUGGACGGCUACACAUUAGUGUUGUAUAAUGGAGCAUUAAAUCCAACAGCCUCUUACAGAACCAUAGCGCUGGAUGGUCAUUGCAUAAGUGGUCUAGGCUAUUUUGUGAUUGGCUCCCCAACCAUGACCAACCCGACACCGAACAUUCAGUUCCUUGUAUCUUCAAAUGCUGUACAAAAUGGAGGGUCGACAAGUAGUGAUGGUGUCGGAUUAUACCAUGGUGACGUUUCAAACACAGCAAAUUUGGUUGACUUUAUUGCGUACAGCACCUACGUUGCUCAAACCAGCGUUGGUCCUUUCUACCCGGACUACCUCCCUCAAGACGUCAUCGCUAUCGAAGAUUCUGCCUAUGCUACAGAAGAUGUGUCACUAAAUAGAUGUAAUGGCAAUGCGGUGAAGGACAUGACACAGUUCGAAACGAGACACCUAAGUCCAGGCACAGUGAACCUUUGUGAUGGGAGCGUUUCUCCGAUCAGUGUUCCGACCAUGGCGUCUGAGAAUUGUGGCACAAACACGAACCCAACAACUGCUACUUCAGAUCUAACAACACUACAUUUCAUGACAACUGCUGUCACGACAUCUGCGAUCACAACACCUGAUGUCACAACACAACAUGCCAUGACAACUGCUGUCACAACACCUGAUGUCACAACACCUACUGCUGUCACGACAUCUGCGAUCACAACACCCGAUGUCACAACACCUGCUGGCACAAGUCUUAACUUACUUGAUGUAUUCGAGAACACGAAAAAUACAAAAAUGACAUGUAC